AUGAAUUCUCAAAACGAUUCUAUCGGUUCAGAUAAUCCGAUUCUUACAAAUACAUCCUCUUCUCAGCCUGUCCAUUUUAACUCUACCUUCUCUUCUCAGCCACUUCACUUUAGCCCGGCACAAGAGUCUGAAGACUGUAUCGAGUUAACGGUUGAUGAGAAUGAAAAAGACGAAGGAAGAGGAAUUAGAAAGCGGUGGAGUGCAGAGGAGGAUAUCAACCUAAUUAGCGCUUGGUUGAACACAAGCAAGGAUCCAGUUGUAAGUAAUGAGCAGCAGCUUCAAAGUUUCUGGAAGAGGGUUGCUGACUACUACAAAGAAAACGAUGGCUCAUCUGUUUCAAUAGCAAGAGGGCAUUCACAAUGUAAGGCUAGGUGGAACAAGAUAAACCGUCUAGUCAAUAAGUUUGUGGGGUGUUAUGCACAAGCGAGUUCAAGGAGAAAGAGUGGAGAAUCAAAAGAUGAUGUAUUGAGAUUGGCGUAUGAGUUUUUUAAGAACGACAUGGACAAGCCAUUUAUGCUAGGACAUUGCUGGAGGGAAUUGAAGCAUGAUCAGAAAUGGAUCACAGAGGAGUGUAACCAUAAGCGGACUAAACUCGCUUCAGAUGGAGCAGGAGCAUACUCACCCGGAGAGUGCAAGGAUGGAUCCGAGAUGAGACCUCCGAGGGUUAAAGUUGCUAAGAAAAAAGGGAAGAAACCGGCUGUUAGUAUUGAUGUGGAGGAUGGGUAUGUGGUUAAGUUGGAUAAGAUAAUAGCAAUGAAGGAUCAAGAACAAGCGGCUAAAGAGAGGAACAGCAAAAUGAGACUGCUAGACAGCCUCCUUAACAAGACUGAACUAACACCCACUGAAGCCCUACUUAGAGACAAAUUGGUUUUGGGACAACAUAGUAAGGAGUCUCGUGAAGGGAAACAUGUUGGCUUGCAGAUAUUUAGUGUUGUGUGUUGA